AUGACGCGGCGGCUUCCCCAUGCUCAAUGGUGUCGUGUGAAAUCUUGCCGGUGUUUGUUCUCAUGUUGGCGCCACGCCGAGGAGCUCGACUGGCAUUUGCGGAGACUUGGCCUUGCGGAUCUGAGUGCUCGGAACAUCGUUGGCCCCAAUGCAGAGAGUCUGGCUUUGGAGGAUCUCAGUCCAAAAGAUGGCGAGCUUGUUGGGCGGGUUCGUGCGUGGAUCAAGGAAAGGUUUGGAUCUCCAGCAGAAGUUUGGAAUGUCAUCGAUGCAAAGCAAGCCGGCAGUCUUGACCGUGAAGGCUGGACGUCUUCCUGCCUCGCUGCUGGCUUCAACGGCACGGUGGAAGAACUGCACUACUUGUUCCAGUUCGUCGACAUCGACGAAGGCAGAACCAUCAACAAGGAAGAAAUUCUCUUCCUGGAGGUGGACAGCCAGGCGAGAGACAAGGCCAUUUUUGAGGAGAAGAUGAAGUCCAAGGGUCAGCUGGAGAGGCUUUGGGCCUCUGUGUACUGGUCCGAGCUGCACAAGGAGCACUCUCCUUUGAGCAGAACUGCGCUCAGGCCGUGGCUGGCUCCCGAGUUCGAGGCCCUUCCGCCCUUGGUCAUCCUCAAGCGUCAGCAUCGGCUGCGUGAGGUGCGAAGAAUCCAGCGCCAAUCAAAAUCCAAGUUCCUGCAGUUCCUAUGCCAGAAGUAUGGAUCUUGCGCACGCGCAUGGAGGCGGGGGAUUGAUCCUGAUGGCCAUUUCUUCGCAGACAAGCUGACCCUCCGGCACUUCUGCCGGCAGCACGAAUUGGACCGACGCGUGCACAUGCACUCCCUGUGGACAACGCUGGACUCGGACAGCGACGGAAAGAUCAGCUUGCAAGAUAUCUCGCCGCUGGGUGCAGUAGCUUUGGCCUCCUUCAGGGCGUGGUGCCGGAGGAAAUGCGGGUCCUGCCGAGCUGUCUGGAGCCUCCCAGAGAUGGAAAAGGCUCGAGCAUCUCCGCAGCUUAGUCUCAACGGUGAUUCGCAACUGAUUUCUGUCAAGAAGAUGUUCAUAGGCAAUUUCGUCGAAUCUUUGAAGGCUUUGGGAUGGAUCUGCGCGGGAGACCAGGCAGAGAUGCUGUCGGCUCUAGACUUCUUCAACGCUGGCUUCAUUUCACAGGCAGACUUGUACUGGCUGGACACCUGGGAGCCGCAGCUGUUUCUCAUUUCAGAACCCUCAGAGGAGGCAUGGAGUGAGGUGAAAAGCAUUCUCCUGGAAAAGUAUGGAAGCCCUUUGCAUGCUUGGCGUGGGCUUGAUCUGGAUGGUCAGAAUGAGGUGUCGUGGACGGAGUUUGUGGCAGGCUGCAGGAGGAUCAGAUUCAAAGGAGAUGUCGGAGCUGCAUGGAGAUUCAUAGACAACGAUGCCUCCGGAUUUAUCAGCAUGGAAGAGUUCAGCCCUGACAUCUAUAACGUGUUGAUGUCUUUCAAGCAGUGGGCAUCUCGCCUGUACGGCUCUGUCGGAAAUGCUUUCAAGAAUUUUGACAAGGAAGGCAAUGGCACCUUGACGUUGAGCAUUCUGAGACGGUCAUGUCAAAAAGGCAAAUGGAGUGGAGAUGCCCAGCAACUUUUUCAGUGUUUGGGGCCAGCUCACUCUUGGCAAGAUCCGGCCAAAAAACUGAUUACGGUGGAUGACGUGGUUUUUCUGGACCUGUGGCCAGACAAAGAGACCGAAGACAAGCUUGACGACGAGGAGUCCUGCAGAUCUCCGUCCCCCAAGAGUGACUCUCGGCCGCGCUCAUUGAAGAAGAAAGCCCCUACAAGCACUACAGAGUGCAUGGCCCAGUCUUCCCCGAAGCUUGUCGGGUCCUCGGCUUGGGCUUCCUGA